AUACAUUAUCCCCAGCUUAAUUUGCUUAAUUUGCUCUCUCUUCCCGUUUCAGACCAAAGCGAAUCCGACGUCUCCGUUGUUUGCCUGAUUGAUCGGAUCAGGACCGUUCAUCCGUGCCAAUUUGUAUAGGGCUGUCGAUCUCCAUCGACCUGAUGGAGGUCCGACCCCCCAAUCCGACGGCCGACAACUCCUCCAUCCCGCAGCAGCAUCACCACCGUCAUGCACCCGCAGCAGCUUCACUCAAACAACCCGCUGCUUCGCCUGUCUCUGUCGACACCGCCUCUGUCUCUCAUAGGCUUCAAAAGGAAUUGAUGUCUCUUAUGAUGAGCGGAGGAGAUCUUGGAGUAUCAGCUUUUCCCGGCGAGAGCAUUUUUACAUGGAUUGGCACAAUCGAGGGUGGAAAAGAAACAAUGUAUGAGGGGUUAUCUUACAAGCUCUCCUUGCGUUUUCCCCUUGACUACCCUUUUAAACCACCCCAAGUCAAGUUUGAGACAAUGUGCUUCCAUCCAAAUGUUGAUCAGUUUGGAAACAUAUGUCUUGACAUACUUCAGGAUAAAUGGUCUUCAGCUUAUGAUUGCAGAACAAUUCUUUUGUCCAUUCAGAGUCUAUUGGGAGAGCCUAACCCAGAGAGUCCUCUCAACAGCUAUGCUGCAGCUUUGUGGAACAAUAAGGAAGAUUACCAAAAAAUGGUUCACAAACAGUACUUUUCUGGAGAGGCGUUUGAAAGCUGAUUCGUAGAAUUCUCUCGUCGCAAACCACAAAUUUCGAUGAUUGUUUCCACACAAUCUGUAAAGCUGAUGGAAUUUUAGAUUCAGUUCAAACUCCCAAAUUUAGAUUUGUAACUUGUUAUCAUGGAAAAUUGAUGUGUUAAUAUAGUAAUUAGCAUCAUUAUUUAUGUCA